AUGUUGCGCGGAGCGACCGGUUCUCCCCGCCUCUUCUCCGGAAGCAUCGACCGAUCGACUGGUGCGCGGCUCGCGCGUCCUCCGGCCAUGAGCGGCCGGGCGAACCACGAGGAGGUGGAGCCGCCGGGCCUGGAGCUGGAGGAGGGCAGCUUCUGGCAGCUGCAUCGCCAGCUGGCGGACUGCCACGCGACAAGACCUGCGUCGGCCUUGUCCGUGGGGACGAAAGACACAGGUUAUGUGGCGGACAUUGCCAAGCUGGGCAAACGUGUCAGCGUGUCCAUGCCCCCAUGCUCUCCGCCAGAGAUGCUGUUCGAGCAAGACCGCAGGGAUUCGAUAGACUCCCAUUUUAGGACCUCGAAGAGCAACAAGAAGGACACCUUGAAGCCCCCGUCGCGGGCUCCUUCCAUCGAGAAUCCCAAGUCCAGCGAGACCCCGACCGUUGCCCAGAGGAAGGACCGCACCUUGAAGACGCUGCUGAACGUCCAGGGCCUGCAGCCCACCGCCUCCGAGACCUUCGACCUGCGGGAGCUGGACCUGAAGGUGCACGAGCGCUGGGACGCGGCGCGGGCCAAGCAGCAGAAGCACUUCGCCAAGAAGAGCCUGGAGGACGGCAGGUCCAAGACCCAGGCCAUGCGCCUCGGAUCUGGGACGGAUCUGGGAGCAAAAAACAUCCGGAGAAGCGAGAAAGAAGCGGGGAGAAAUCGCGGGGCCCAGGACCUCAGGCAGCCAGUCAUGACUGUGGCGGAGGAGCUGCCUCGAAGGCGGUGUGUGCUUCACCCGGGGGGGCGCUUCAAGACGUGCUGGAACGUGAUGGUGGCGGCGUGUGUGCUGCACGACCUGCUGGUGAUCCCCCUGAACACCUUCUCCUUCCCCCAGAACGUCUUCUGGGACUUGACGAGCUGGUCCGUCCAAGUCUUUUGGAACCUGGACUUCUUCGUGUCGCUCUUCAGCGCCUUCUAUGACGAGGGCGCUCUGGUGAUGAGCUUGCCCCGCAUCGCGGCGCAGUAUGCGCGGACCUGGAUGCUCUUUGAUGUGACCAUGAUCUCUAUGGACUGGUGCUUCAGGAUCAUGGAUAUGGUGGACUCGGAGCAAGCGGAGUCCAUCAUGUGGUCCAAGAGCUUGCGGAUGCUCCGCUUCCUGCGGCUCAUGCGGAUGCUCCGCUGGGUGAAGCUGCGCCGCAUCAACGAGAUCUUCCAGGAGUUCUUCCACUCCCAGGCCGCCAGCCUUUACUACGGGCUCUUUCACAGCAUCGCGACGCUGAUGGUCCUGAACCACCUCAUCGCGUGCGCUUGGUUUGCCACCAGCCACAUGGACGAGAUGAAUUGGGUGACGGACCUUGGGAUCCACAAUGACCCCGCGGAGUACCAGUAUCUCACCUGCAUGAACUGGGCCUUCGCCCAGCUGGGCGUGGGAUCCAGCCCGGCCAAAGCCACCAACAGCCUGGAGAUGGUCUUUUGCAUCGUCAUCGCCUUCAGGUCACUCAUCACGUCCUCCACACUCAUCAGCACAGUGAGCAACCUGAUGGCCGGGCUCAGCAAGAUCAAGGAGGACGAGAACACCGAGUUCCGGCUCCUGCGGUGCUACCUGGCCCAAAACAACAUUCCAAUCGUCUUGGGCCAGAAGAUUACACAUUUUCUGCAGUACCAGUACACACUGAGACAAGAAGCGAGGCGCGAUCCCUUGUCGUUGGAUGUAUUGCAUUGGGCUGGCACACGCCCCCUUUCACCUCCUUUCAGCUUUGGUCGCGCCUUUUCCUUUCUUCUCAAUUGCUCACUUCUUUCACAUUUUGUUCACACUGGUGCCUCUUGUCACAUUUGUGUCAUGUCUUCACCUUUCUUGAUCUCUUGGUGUCCUCUUUCGGCUCAUAUUGACUCUGAUGUCCGAGAGCCGUGCCGGGGCCAACUCGAAUCCGAAUGCGUCCGGCAGGUCAGCCGACAUGCAGGCAGGAUGGGUCCUUGCAAGGGGCCAGGGCCCACGGGUUCUUCCGAUGGCUCAGAUGGCGAAGAUGUCAUGAUUUUGACCCAGCCCCGUGGUUAUUUGUGGGGAUUCAUGCAAAGACUGCUUCGAGGUGAUGAACACAUGCGUCACAAAACCCGCAUCCUUGCGGGGAUUCGUGUGUUGGUUCAACCAGGUCCACUUCGAGGUGAUGUUUCUUUUCCAGUCCUAAACAAUCCCGAGCCACGGCCAAGGGCUCCGGUUCCCCCAGUCUGUUUAAUCCAGAGUGGCUGGCUCGACUCCCGCGCCGCGGCCAAGUCCUAUGCGUUCGCAGAUCGAUUUGUCCGAAAACUCUCGAGCCGUGCCCUUGACCUCCGGGCUCCUGGCUCCGGUUUGUUCGCAGGUGCCGCUGCUGGAGCUCCUGUCUCAGCAGCUGCAGGGGGAGCUGCAGUUCGCGCGCUACGAGGAGUCCCUGGCCAAGCUGCGGCUGGUGGUGGCGCCCCGGCGUCGAGUUGGCGGGUUCCGGGCGGGCGAGCCGAGGGAUGUCGGGCGACCGGGGGGGGGGUGCGCUGGGCACCUGGGGUGUUUUUUGGGGUUCGGACCCGUUUUUUCGUGAGAAAAGAUUGGAAGCUCCACCGUUCAAGCACGGGGCAGCUUCAAUUGUUGGUGGGUUGA